UGGAUAUUGCCCAUACGCCCCAUGGCCAAUGAGUGGGCCGCAUGGGUCAUGUGUCGGACCACCGAUGAGCACAGCUUUCUGCGGCUGCCCGAGACCCCAAGCUCAGCAGGUGAGUCACCCAAACCCACCGCCUAACGAACCUCAGCAAUCAGCCCCACAAGGAUCGCAAGGCAACCAAGGUGGUGGACGUGGUCAGAAUCAAGGAUGGGGCCGAGGGCGAGGGAAUGGUGGCCGAGGAGGAAACGACAGGGGUAAUGGUGGUGGUAACGCUGCAAGUCGGGGAAACGAGGGCUGGACGGCAUCCGGGAGUCAAGGCGGUCAAGAGGGUGGAGGAGGUGCUGGCAGAGGGAGAGUAGACUGGAGAAAUGCCAUUUGCUGGCAUUGUGAGCAGAAAGGCCACACUAUUAAGUUCUGCCACGUCAGGAGGAACGACGAGGACGAAGGUUUAAUCAGCACCAACUAUGAUGGGGAUAUGUACAACAAGUGGGGGUACCACCUUGAUCCAAGGACCCCAGGCGGGACAAGGAAGGAGGCCCUACUACGAGCCGAGGCGGGUGAACCACCCGCUCCUCCAGCCAUGUUUCGGAUAUGGCAGGAGAAAGAGGUCCGUAGUGACAUCAGGGUUGAAGAGGUGGGAGAGAACGAAGAGGUGGGAGAGAACGAAGAGGUGGAGCAAGAGCGGAAAGUCGACACUACUCAGGCAGAGCCCAUCAUAGUAGAGUCGGACGAUGAGAUUGAAGAAGAUUACUGGAACAGGCCGUUGCAUGCUGAGACAGGGGAAGACUACUGGAGGACGGCCCGACAGACGAUGGAAAGAAUGAAAGACUUAAUAGCUAAGGUCGGGAGGUACCAACAAAAGUUGGUCGAUAUAUGUGAUGAGGUCAGGGAACGGAAAGGUAAGGAGUCAUUGGUAUAUCUCUACGAUCUUGGUCCAGGGUCGCAGGGAGGAUCUGGCAACAUACCAAAUGUCACGACUUCGGGCCCGACGCCAAGGUCCGGGAUGACUUAUAGGCCACCCUCCAAGAUGGGGAGGGCGCCACAUGCUGUCAGGACGAGGGCUAAAGGGCCGGUGAGUCCCGGAGAACCGGCCAAGGAUGUUCCUGAACCUUGUGGAGAGAAAGAGGUGGUGGACGUUCCAGAAGGAGGGGAUGACGAAGAGGAUAGGUUAAGGCAGAAAGAGGAUGAGAGGGUUGAGCAAAGGGCCAAGAAGAGGGGUGCCAAGCCUGAUACAGACAAGGCACAAGAAGUAAAAAAGAAGAAGUACGCUGUCAGGGUGGAAGAAGGCUUCGAUGUGGAAGAGAUAAUGGACAGGAUACUCGAAGGUCAUAAUCAUCUUAUGAACCUGAAGGAUGUCCUGGCCUCGGCGCCUAGACUUAGGGAUGAGUUAAGAGCAAGACUAUCCAGGAAGAUGGUAGCGAGCAUACGAUUGGGGACCAUAAUCCCUAAGGAGGCUGAGUGGGCUGAAACGGGUACUAAGAUGGACUGGAAGUCUGUCGCCUGUGGCCGCCUCGACGUUCUGGUAAAAGGGAAGACUUGCACAGCAAUGGUGGACAGUGGAGCGGAAAUGAACCUUAUAAAGGAGGAACAUGCCGUACGGCUGGGAAUGGAGAUAGACCGCUCUGACAACGGGGUUUUGAUGGGGGCCAAUAGUCGAUCGAUAUUCAUUGGGACCGCGUCGUCAGUGAUAUUGGAGAUUGGAAAGGUGAAAACCUAUGACAGCUAUGCACACCCCUCGAGGGUUGAUCCACAUGAACGUUGCGCUGCAGGAGUGGAUGAAUGCGGUCGCCAUGGUCCAGCGGCACAUGGUGAGGGCGAUGUAGUGGCACAUGAUCCAACUAUCGCUAGGUGGAUGACCUACAUCUGGAUGUUGGAUUUCGAGCUGGAGCGAAUUCCAGGGAAGAAGAACAGGGCGGACGGGCUGGGUCGAGUCGACUGGGACAAAAACCAUCAGGGAGUGAUCGAGGAUACUCCACCAGUCGACGGAUUUUUGGACAGCGAGGAGGAUGUGAGACUUCACAUCAACUCCUGGGCAUUGGCCGUGGGUAAGUGCGUUACUCCUGGGCGACCUAUAUGGCUUGCGCCUCCGGGACAUGUACGACAGUCAGACUUGGUCCUCAAACCCUAUAUUGAAGAAGAUUCUUGGGGAAUGUCGAGCGUAGGUUGGAUGAUGGAGUUGGCCUUAGCAGGCAAGUACGAGCUGCAAGAAGACCCGCUUACAAUUGAAAAUGGGGCGCUACAGGUGGGUAAGCACGAGAAGAUGAUAGGUGGGGUGUACCUGCUGGCAAAUGCGUUGCUUCAGGAAGAGACGGUUAGAAAUACGGUACUAGACCAGGAAGAGGAGAUAGAGAUGGGAGGAGGUGACAACGUGAUCCACGAGAGAGAAGAUGAUGACUUCGAAGACGGGGAGAUCCAGGAAGCGUUUCGAGCAGAGGAGUAUGAGGGGGUAUACCUUGAACUCGGCAUGCUUCUUUCGUGCGAGAUGAGGGAAAGGGAUGCCUGCGCGCGAGUUCUGAAGACGAGGCCUAGUUUCCUGGUGAGGGAUGGCCAUCUGUUCAUGAGGAGCAAAGGAAGGGACCCAAGGAGAGUAGUCUGUGGCGUCGUUCGCCAGAUCGACAUUAUGGCGGCACUGCACGACGGUAUGGCAGGUGGUUACAGAGGUGCGGAUACGACAUACCUAAAGAUCCACGAGUUGUACUAUUGGGAUGGCAUGAGGCAGAUAAUUGAUGACUAUUGUAAGUCUUGCGUGCCAUGCCAGGAACGGUCUGCUCUCAGACCCAGGGAGCCGCUGCACCCAAGGUACGUUCUUGAGGUUGGAGCAGUCGUGCACUUGGAUCUAUUGGCAAUGCCAUUGGGGAUAGGGAGCUACAAUUUCAUCUUUGAUGCACGGGACAACCUCUCGGGGUUUGUGGAUGGCAGGGCCAUUCGCACGAAGACUGGAGAGACAUUGGCCCGAUGCAUCGAAGAGUCCUAUCUUCGCUACCCCUUUAUGUCCAGAUUCGUGAUGGAUGGAGGGUCCGAGUUCACAUGUGCAGAAGUGAAGGCUCUUUUGAAGAAGUAUGGGGACCUCGAGACUGAUCUGACCUCUGAGGAACUGCUGGAUUUGAGGGCACGACAGAUCGGCGCUAUUGAGGACAGGAUUGAGGAGGCAGCAAGUAGAACCUCGGACAGCCGUACCAAGGACAAGUUCCGGUGGGACAAGGUGGCGAGGGUAAGAAAGGAGCCUCUCAAGGUGGGAGACGUUGUGCUGUUGUACGACUCGUCCCUGGAAAAGCAGUGGUUGCGGAAGUUGGAUAAGAGGUGGUUGGGGCCUUACAGGGUCACCAGAUGUGGUGAACAUGGUGCCUACCAAAUCAAAGAGCUGAAUGGGACGACAUGGAAGGACUGCGUGUCAAGCUCGAGGCUAAAGAAGUUCGUGGCUCGAGACAAGGACUUUGGACGGAGGAUGGAGGGUUUGCACCCGUCACCACUGGGAAGGGAUGGACAGCCCAUUCGAUUCGACUCCUCUAAUCUGGGGGAGUUCUUAUGGGCUUAUGAUCGAUAUGUGGAUGAGCUCUGUAUCCCAGGAGAGCAGAGAGUGGGGAGCUUCCUGUUGUUUGUAAGACACCAUAUCAGACCCUUCGUACGAUCCAUGGUGGCAUCUGCCAUGAACUGGGGGCACUGCAAGAAACUGCUAUGGAACUAUUAUACUCCAGCUCGUCAGGCAAGUGAGAGGAGAGGUGUGGAAAAAAGGGGAACCAUUGAGCAAGGCGCGUCACUAGGGGCUCAGAGGGAGGAAAGGAGGAAGGAACACAAGUCCCACCGACAUGAGAGAGCAGAGGGGUCCGAUGGUUCAGAUGCACCUCCACAACCGGCUCAGAGGGAGAUGGAUGGCCCCAUGCCUGACGCAGAGCUAGACAUCCCUCACGAGCCGUAUACGCAAGAGCUGAGGGAGAAACCGUCUGUUGAUGAAAAGGAGCUGGACAGAAAAGAGAGGGCAGCAAGGGAGCUGGAGAUCAGGACUCAACUCCGAAAGAAGAACCUGGCAGAACUGCAUGAGAGGAUGCAGCAAGGAAAGGCGCUUGAGGAGGUGGAGGACAGAAAAGGAAAGGAGGUCCAAAAGUUUGAAAUCAGGGAACAGCCUGCAGAGGAAGUCUUCAAGAGGGAGAAGGAAGUAGAGAUGGCGGACCAACAGGAGGGUGAGGAGAUCCCUCUGAUCGACAAAGAGAUGUUGGAGCAGCCAGAAGUGCUUGUGGAAAAGGGUGCAGAGGUCGGAGAGUUUUAGUGGAGGUUACCUGCUGGCCUGACACUGGGACAUGAGCCGGCAGUACCACAGGA